CUUUCACCGCAUCAAAUCUCUUGGUUUCUCUCGUUUUCUUAGCCAAUUUGCUCUCCCAGUCGUUUCAAGGUCAAGCUCAGUAAUUCUCUUAUCUAAUGGCACCCAAGGCUGAGAAGAAGCCCGCGGAGAAGAAGCCGGCGGAGGAGAAGAAGACGGUUGCAGAGAAAGCUCCGGCAGAGAAGAAGCCCAAGGCCGAGAAGAGGCUCCCAAAGGAAGGAGCCAGUGGUGAUAAAAAGAAGAAGAGGGUUAAGAAGAGCAGCGAAACCUACAAGAUCUAUAUCUUCAAGGUCUUGAAGCAGGUUCAUCCUGAUAUCGGUAUCUCCAGUAAAGCUAUGGGGAUCAUGAACAGCUUCAUUAACGAUAUCUUUGAGAAGCUAGCUCAGGAAUCUUCCAGGCUCGCUCGUUACAACAAGAAGCCUACCAUCACAUCUCGGGAGAUCCAGACUGCUGUUCGACUUGUUCUUCCUGGUGAAUUGGCAAAGCACGCUGUCUCGGAGGGAACCAAGGCCGUCACCAAAUUCACUAGCUCUUAGAUAUUAGGUGGGGUUGUAAUUUUCCCCUUUUGAUUUCUCUAGAUUAGAUACAAUUUCAUUACAAAAUACAGAUGCGAUCGAUUUAAGAAAUUUUUGGGAAUUUUGAUCUGAUGUAUGAUUAGGGUUUCUUUGAGUCUGAUUGUUCCCUUUACUUGAGGAUCGAUCUCAUGCUGUAAAUUUCUUUUUUCUUAAAUUUCUAGGGCAUUCAUCUUCUUGUUCUCCUACUA